AUGUCUAUCCCACUUGACGAAUUAGACCGCGCGGAGGGCGGCUACGGAAACGAGCGCGGAAAGCCAUCCCUGGAGUACGGCGAGGAAUCGACAAACACAGAGGUCGAGGAGCAGGAGCCGUUUAUGAGUCUCUCCAAACAGAAUACUUCCACCCUCGAGUCCCAGGAGACAAGUGUGGAUUCUUCCAGCAAGCUAUGCUUGCUUAUGAAGCUCGGGCGCGGGAUCGGGAUAUUUAUCGGAGUUGUGUUGGUUCUCACCAUAGUGGUUGCGGUUAUUGCAACGAUUAUGGCUGUUAUGUCUCAGCUCAUCCUCGCGCUGUGGAAGAAGAUGGGCUUGGUACCGAGUUAA